ACUCAACCCUCCUCUCCCUCUCUUUUGUCUUCACCCAGACCCCACCAAAAGUCGAGUUUGUCAGAACUAGAUCAGCCCAUCUCUCCUCUCACCCUCCUUCGUUUUCAAGCGCUCGACGGCAUUGGCGUUAGAAGAUCUAACUUGUAAAUAAUUCUCCUCUGUUUUUUUUUUUAUCUUUCCUUCACAUUAGGUCGACCUCCGUAUCCCUCCAUCGGAAAAACCACGACCGCCCCGCCUUUCCAAACAAAGACAGACCCUCUGGUCUUCAUAGCUCCUCUCUUCAAUGCCUACGCCGAAUCUGCACGGUCCCAAAGAUCCGAAGACUCUCUCUUAAAUCCCAUUUUAGCUGACAUCCGCACUCUUCCGCAGAAAAUGCUGUUUAUUAUUGCCGGCGCGGAUAUUCUUCUGCAUGAGGUGACGACCUUUGUAGACCGUCUGAAGAAUGAAGUGGUGAUGUUGAAUUCCCAACGGGGUAAUAAUAGCGCAGAUACCCCAUCGGGCAAUUAUGAGGUUGAAGGCAUAGUGUUUGAUAAGAUGCUUCAUGGCUGGUUAGAUUCGCUGAAUGCUUCGUACGAUUUUAUCCGACGUUAUUCACACGGAAAAUGACUGGCAGAUUGAUAAGACCAGUUAAUUGAAAGUACUUCUACAACAGCACGUGCUCCAUGCGAGUGGAGCUUAUAGACAUGUACAUAUGUUAACUACUAGAUAAAAGACACUCUCCA